AUGUCUGAAACAAUUGGAUUUAUUGGUGUUGGUCAAAUUGGUGGUACCGUUGCUAGAUUAGCUGUCGAUGCUGGUUAUAAAGUUGUCUUGAGUAACUCAAGAGGUCCAGAAUCUUUAUCAGGUGCUAUCUCAUCUCUUGGUGAAAAUGCUAAAGCUGAUACUUCUGCCAACAUUGCUAAAGAUGAAAACAUUAAAAUCAUUGUUCUUUCAAUUCCAUUAAAUGCUGUUCCAACUUUAUUACCUUCAUUAGGUUUGAAAAAUAAAAUUAUCUUGGAUACUUCAAAUUAUUAUCCUUUCAGAGAAGGUAAUUUAGAAGAAUUAGAUUCAAAUAAGCUAACAACAAGUGAAUAUGUCUUAAAAUACCUAGACCCAUCAAAUAAAUUAGUUAAAAUCUUCAAUAAUAUCAUUUCUGUUCAAUUAAGAAAUUCUGCAACUCAAGAUGAAUCAAAACAAACAAUUUUACCAAUUGCUGGUAAUGAUGAUGAAGCUAAAAAGAUUACAACUGAAUUCUGUGCUAAAAUCGGUUAUAAAACUUAUGAUGUUGGUCCAUCAUCCCUCAGUUGGAAAUUUGAACCAAAUACUCCAUUCUAUGGUGGUGUUUAUUUACCAAAAGCUCCAGAAGGUUCAGAUCAUGAAGCUUUGAAAGCUUUCUACAAAAAAGCCCCAGCCAAUCCAUUGACUCAUGAAAAGGUAAAACAAAUUAUUGAUGCUACUGAAAGACCAACUGUUGUCGGUGGUAGACCUGAAGGUUUCCCAAAAUAUUUAUUAGAAAUUAUUACUGAAUUAUAUGUUGAACAAGCUAAAGAUAAAGCUUCAGGUAAUUCAAAAUUGAUUUUAUAG